AAGAGAAGCACCCCACCAUCAUCGCUGUCGACUGUCGGCAAUAAUAAACAACCCUCCAUACUUCGCCUUCAAUCCUUCUUUCUUUCUUUCUUCUAUAAACCCUUUCUCAAUCUAUCAAUAUUUCCAGGUGAUUAAUUUCGAUUUUUAGGUUUACACGGUUAGUAUUUCAACUUUCCUUUGUGGGCUCUGUUGAUUUCCAGAAAAGAUCGAUCGUUGAUUAGGGUUCUUGUAAUUCAUCAUCAUUUCGGAGUCGUAGAAGGUUGAAUUUGAUUGGGUGUUAUCCCUUUCGCUAAUAUCUGUUGAUCUGUGUUUAAUUUUUUUCUGGGUUUUUAUCAAUUUAUGUUGUUGACGAUGAAUUUCGUUGUGUUUUUCCGUUAGGGUUUACUAGUUCUGAUAAAAAUGGGGUUUUUUAGUUUUUUAUGGCGUUUGUUAAAUUAGGGUUGGUUAAUCGAUCUUAUCCGAAAUGGGUUCUCUUUAGCAUUGAUUUAAUCGAAGAUUUGCGAGCUAAAGUAGUCAAAUUUUGUGUUAUUUAAUAUGGGAUCAUCAGGCUUUUGCUCGAUAUGCUUAAUCUACUCUGUAGUGGCUUUAAGUUGUGGAACCCUAAUGAUGUUCUAUAGCCAUGAGGUUUUUGCAUUCAGUCAUGGCAAUGAAACUGCAAUUAAGCUAUUGGGAUCAACACCCCAUGACCAAUUGUUGAUCAAAACCUCUGAUUCGUUCUCGGGUCUGCUUUUAUUUGCUGUUGGAAUUCUCCUAUUCAUGGUGGCAUUUGUGAAAGAUAGGGAUUUUCAGAGCUUUUUUGCUAAAGGGUGUGUUCUUCUUCAUAUUGCGAUGGCAGUUUGGAGGAUAUAUUUUGAGAGGAAGCUUGAAGAGCUUGGUCGUGAUUGGCUCAGGCUCGUUCUAGGUGAUUUUGUUUUGGCACUUUCGUGGGUGUUGUUUCUUGUGUACAGUUGGAGAGAAAAAUAUGAUUAGGCAAAUACAUAAUCGUGUUCAAAACCUGUUCUUGAAUUCAUUCUUGAAUUUGUUCAUGAAUCGAUACUGCAGCUUGGACCAUCGUUUUUGGUGAUGUUUGAAGAAUGGCUACCAUUAAUGGAGGUUGGUGAAGAUCGUUUUUGUUCUUGUUUGAUUUGUAGGAGCACAUAUUUGUUGAUUGUGAUUAGAGUAAAUCAUGGGUGACUUCUAAUUUGCUUUUUUUUUUUUUAAUGUUUAAACAGCAAAGAUUGAUCUUGUUGCGUUCAUAUGUUCAUCUUCAAUGUAAAAUUUUCGAUUUCUAGAUAUAAAUAUAUGAAAUUUCUUUCA